UAGCUGUCCAGUCAUGCUACGUUCUAUUGUGCAAACUGUUCGUCCACUGUCGUUUGCUUUGAGAUCCAGCUUUAGUCUCAGAACUAUUGGAUCACUUUCUGCAUCGUUUCAGCUCACAGACGAGGCCAUCUUUAGCGAUGAGCACGAGUCAAUGCGAUCGUCUCUCCGCAAACUGAUCGACCAGCACAUCAACCCAUACGUAGAUGAGUGGGAAGAGGCCAAAGCCUUUCCAGCUCACCAGGUAUUCAAGAAACUAGGAGAUGCUGGCUUCCUGGGAGUGAGUAAGCCUACUGAGUACGGGGGGCUGGGGCUUGACUUCUCGUUCAGUGCAGCAGUGGCGGAAGAGUUCGGUCACAUCACGUGUGGAGCCAUACCUAUGGCAAUCGGUGUUCAGGCUGACAUGGCUACUCCCGCUCUCGCUCGUUUUGGAAGUGAUGAGAUGAAGAGGCAAUUUUUGGCACCUUCCAUAUCCGGGGAUUUGGUAGCUUGUUUGGGCGUGUCCGAAGCUGGAGCUGGAUCGGACGUGGCCAGCAUCAAGACUACAGCUCGACCGUCGACGACGAGCGAUGAUCUUGUUAUUAAUGGAGGGAAAAUGUGGACGACUAGUGGAGCUCAAGCUGAUUGGAUGUGUUUGCUUGCCUCAACGAGAGACGGUGAUCCACAUCGAAAUAAGUCACUAAUCUGUCUACCGAUGAAUACAAAAGGAGUCACAAUCAGUAGAAAAAUUGACAAACUUGGGAACUGGGCUUCUGAUACGGUUGAGGUCGCAUUCGAGGAUGUGCGAGUGCCAAAGUCCCACAUUAUUGGUGAAGAAGGCAAAGGAUUUCAAUACCAAAUGAUGCAGUUUCAGGAGGAGAGAAUGUGUGCUACUGCUCUUAUGCUUGAACCCAUGCAGAGACUGAUUGAGCAAACAGUGGAUUACACUCGUAAUCGGAAGGCAUUCGGACGGUCAAUCCUGGACAAUCAAGUUGUUCAUUUUCGAAUAGCUGAGUUACAGUCAGAAUUAGAAGCCCUCCGUAGCCUUCACUACAGAUGCAUUGGAAUGUAUGUAGCUGGCAAAGAUGUCACACCGCUGGCAUCAAUGGCAAAGCUGAAAGCUGGACGAUUAGUCCGAGAGGUGACCGAUUCGCUGCUGCAGUAUUGGGGAGGAAUGGGCUACACAUCCGAAGUCGAAGUGAGUCGUCAGUAUCGUGAUUCAAGACUUUUGUCUAUUGGAGCAGGUGCCGAUGAGGUGAUGCUAUCGAUUAUAUGCAAGUGGAUGGGGACAUUACCUCGUCAUUCAUAGUGAUGAUUGAAACAUGUGUACAUCACAACAUCCUUGCUAGUUUUCAAUUGUUGCCAGUGUCAUUAACUUGAAUAUUGUAUUUGCAAUACAGUAUCGUAUUUUGUGGUUUGUCUCAUUCUAUAAUUUAGUACGAAUUGUAUAUAGUGAUACAAUUUCUGCAGCUAUAUGGGUAAUGGUGCAGGGACACUUUAGAGCAAGAGUGACACAAAUAUAGAAAAAAUUAUUUGGAGAUUUG